AUGGAAGCACUUGGUGAGUUGCCGGAAGGUGAAUCCAGCAACUCCUUGAAGAGGACUUUGGUUUGGCCCCGGGGCUAUGCCCUCUGCAUCUUCAGCGAAAAUCACGCCGUGAGGCGGCUGUGCAAAGGCAUCCUUUCCUUCGAGGUUCAGAUCCAGGGCGAUCGUUUUAAGGUUUUUGACAAUGCCAUCCUGGUGUGCAUUUUGGUCUCUUGCAUUGGAAUGGCCAGUGACACACCAUUGGCAGAUCCAAAGGCCACCCUCACCCAGAUCAUUCGCGGUGGAGACUAUGUAUUUGCGGUGCUCUUUGGUGCGGAAAUGAUCAUCAAACUCGUGGCCUUUGGCCUUAUCUUCAGCGAGAACGCCUACCUGAAAGAUGGCUGGAAUAUCCUGGAUGGUGUUGUGGUCAUCGUGAGCAUCGUGGAUUUGGCCGUGGCCGGCGGCGGCGGCUUCCUCAAAGGCGUCCGCAUCCUACGGGCCUUUCGGCCCCUGCGGAUCAUUUCGAGGAAUCAGAACCUGCGAGUUGUGGCGCAGACCAUUUUUGCCUCGUUGCAAGACCUGCUGAGCUUGAUGGUCGUGGCGGCUCUGUUUCUUCUGAUCUUCGCUCUGUUUGCCUGUAGUUUUCUGUCCGGAAGGAUGUAUCAUUGCUCCACAGAGACUUCCGUCCUUCUGCUUCGUGAUCAAGCAGACUUUCGCACCCCACUUUGCCUUGGUCCUUUGGAGAACUUGGGCAGCGUGGUCUCUGGUUCCUGCGCGAAUGGAGCCCUCAACGGUCAAGCGUGGCAGGAGAACAGCUGCGUGAACUGUCAUUCCACCCUCAACGUCUCAUGGGCCAGAGCAACGGUUGAUACGCCAAUCUGCGUUGGCCGCUGCGAUCCAUCCAUUGUGCCAGAAGAAGUGGGGAGACAGCAGCCACCUGAAUGGUUGUGUCCAAAGCCGCUGACGAGCGUGCAACAACUGCCCUCGGUGUGUGAUAACCGAGAUUCGGCGGAGUACCUGAGCAACAUCACCUCAGAUGAGCUGCAGGGCAGAGAGUACAUGCAGGCCAUGUCUCGAAUGCUGGUCAUUCCCUGCGGUGGCUCUACGGUGAAUGCCUCCGGAGGCUUCGUGGAGCCCGGGGCGGUGGUGAGUUGUCGCGAGGCCUUCUGUUCCGAGGGUGUCUCCUCCGAAGUGGCACAGCAAUGUCGGGUGAAUUGCCAAGGGCAUCCGUUUUUCUGCAAAGAGAGUUGUGAAGCCGACGAGCAGUCGGGUACCUGUCAGUCCUGUCGUCGAGAAUGCGAAGCUGCAUGCGAAUGCAGCAACUUCUGCGAGCCUCUGAUCAAGGAUGCGGCCCUUUGUGUCGAGCAGGGUGGCCGUUGGCAGCAAGCUCUCAGUCAAGACUUUGACAACGUCUUCUCUUCGAUGCUGACCUUGUUCGAGAUUUCCAGCACUGAAGGUUGGGCAGAUGUGAUGUAUGCCGCUUGCGACAGCGUGGGGCAUUUCAUCGAGCCCAUACGGAACUACAGCGAGUGGAUGUUCGCACCAUUCUUCGUGGUGUACAUGAUCUUCUCCAACAUGUUCAUCAUCAACCUGAGCGUUGGAGUCAUCGUGGACAAGUUCAUGGACCUGAAACAAUCGGGCAAGAGAGACGUGAUCCUGACAUCAGCACAAGUGAAAUGGCUGGACUCGCAAAAGCUGCUCAGCCGCACGCGCUUCUUUGACGUUCAGGACCUUGACAUGAUGCCGUCUCUCCAGCGGAAGGCAUAUGACAUCAUCAGCAGCUUUCGCUUCACGACCUUCAUCAUGGUCGCGAUCGCGUUGAAUUCGGCGUUGAUGGCAAUGCAGACCUUUCCCUCGCAAAUCGAGUGGUGGGCCGAUGUGAUGUACGUCGGAAAGCGUGUCUUCUCGGGUAUUUUCACAUUGGAAAUGAUGCUGAAGUUCUAUGCGCUCCGAUGCACGUACUUUGAGGACUCCUGGAAUCGCUUCGACUUUUUUUGUGUCGUUGUGUCACUGCUCGGAAUCGUUCUGGAGGACACCACGACGUUAAACGUCACGGGCGUCACAUCCGUCUUCCGCGUGCUGCGACUCUUCCGUUUGAUGAAAUAUUUGAGAGGUGUGAAGAAGAUUUUUGCUGCCCUUGCCGCGUCGGUUCCCAAAUUGGUGAAUGUCAUGGCGAUCUUGUUGCUCCUCUUGACCUUGUACAGCAUCUUGGGGGUGAGCUUGUUUUCUACUUUGAAAUUUUCUUCUGAAAAUGCCCAGUGUAAUUUCAAGGACUUUGCCAAAGCCUCAGCAGUGGGCACAGUCCAAGCCUUCAUCACGCUCUUUCGCGCCUCCACUGGUGAGGCCUGGAAUGAAAUUAUGCAUGACAUCGCAAGAUCUCCAAGGCAGAUCUUUGCUUCAGGGGACUGGUGCACGCCCGACUACCUCUUUGAUCCCGAAAACCACUUUGAGGUUCUCUCAGAGAAAUGCCUUAUCGAGAGACCCAACGGCUGUGUGAACUCGUGGAUCAUGGGACAGCUGAUGCCUUUGACAUAUUGGGUGACGUAUACCUUGAUCGUCGCCAUUAUGGUGAUGAACCUCGUAAUUGCUGUCAUCUUGGAGAGCUAUGAGGAGGGCAAAGGAGAGAAAGACACCGAGAUCGUGGAGCACUGCGUCAAGUUGUGGAAACAGAGGGAUACCGACCUCAAGAUGUAUCUUCCCAUGGAGGAGGCCAUUGCGUACAUUGCCGAGGCCUUGAACUAUGGGAUGGAAUUGCACCAGGAGGAGAACAGGAUGCCCAUUGCCAUGCCAGAGCUCAUCUCCAAGAGGCUGACGGAAGUUCCGAUGAAGUUCAUCAACACUUUGGACCUGCCCUGCACGGAGGAUGGCAAGGUCUACUUCUGGCACGCAUUGGUUCAGGUCUUGAAACUUCUGUGUCAUCGAUGGGAUCCGACCCUCAUCAAUGAGAUCAACUCCCUGGAGGAGAUGCUGGAUCCAGACAUGGCUGAGAAGCUGAAAAUGGACCGGAUCUGGGAGUCCAGAAAGCGACAAAUGCAACAGGCACCCCGAGAGAGCAUCCUUUCGGUCAAGGAUCACAUCGCUGCUCUGAAGAUCCAACACAUUGUCCGCGACAGACGUGUCGUUCGGGUCCCUAGCGAGUCAGAAGUGCCUAAAGGGCGCAAUCACGCCUUCCAAGAUGUGGUGAGUUGAAGGCCUCCCAUAAAAAGAAAACGUCCAAAGAGACGUGAAUUGAUGCGAGCCGAGGCAGAUUGAACUCUGCAUUUCGUAGCUACUCCCGGCCGCCAGGUGAUGGCAUCCACAUUGGGGAUGAUUGUCC